AUGAGUGAGCCCUGGCCUGGGACGGGGGCUGCAGAAAGCCCCAACAUGACCACUGGCAUGUGGCCUGGACAGGACUGGAACGAGUCGAUGGCUCCUCUCUGCCACUCAUGCUGCUGCGGUCUACUCGGUCACGUGCUGGCUGUGGUCUUCAUGGUCGCCCUGGCCUUUGCCAUCGUCAUCGGCAAUGCGGUCACGCUCGCUGUCUUCAUGCAGACACGUCAGUCUCGCACGUCACAGGGAUACUUCAAAGUGUCCCUGGCCUUGGCGGACGUGAUGGUGGGCAUCCUGGUCAUCCCCUUUUCUGUCUUUACUGAGAUCUCUCUGAUGGUCACUGGUGUGCCUCCCAUGUGGUUCCAGGGGGGGUCCCCCCUCCAGGCAGAAGGGGUAUGGCAGCCCUGCAAGCUGAUCGGCCCCGUGUUUGCGGGCUGCACCUUCGUGUCCAUCAGCACCAUCUUCCUGAUGACGGUGGAGCGCAGCGUGGCUGUGAUGUGGCCGCUGCACAAGGACAUAGUGGUGACGUGGCGCCGGGCGCUGCUCCUCGUCCUCCUCUCCUGGGCCGGCAGCUUCCUGUUGGCGCUGGCGCUGCUCUUCGGCAGUGGCGGCUUCACACUCGAGUAUAACGAGUGCAGCCGCAUGUGCAACUACGCCCCCCGGAGGGGUGGGGACAGGCCAACGGCCAACGGCAGCGUGAUGUUGCUCUUUCCUGCCUUUGACUUCACGCUGUUGGGCGGGACGCUGACCGUCAACGUGCUGUCCUUCACCAGCAUCCGACGUUAUACCCAUAAACGGAAGCUGCUGUCUGGGGCGGGGCAUGGUGGUGAUGGUGGAGGCGGGGCGGGCCCCCAUAGGCCCUCAUUCUCUGACAUCAAGGCGGCCAAGACCAUAGGCAUCCUUACCUUCACCUUUACGGCUUCAUUCUCACCCAUCGCUGUCUUCGUCCUGGGCAAUUUGGUGGGCCACGUCUGGUGCACUUUCUCCUUCUUUGCCUUCUGGAUACUGGCGGCCAACAGCUGCUGCAAUGUGAUCAUAUACAGCGUGUGGGACCGGCACUUCCGCAGGGGUGUUGGCCUGUUUUUCCACAGGGACCGGAUGCCCCCUCAGAACGAGAAAAGCUAA